UUCUCCGCUCGCCUGCCCGGAGGUGACUGGGGAUUUGCUCCAAGUGGCUCAAGUGUUUGGAGGCGGUGCUGCCCAUGGCCCGGCCGGAGAGACGUUUGAGGACGCCUGACCGGCUGGACGAGUACACGUCUCAGUAAUUUGCAACUGGAGAUACUCAUGUUCCAGUAAUUGUGAGACAUCUCUGCUGCCACUUCAUGACCCAGGGGUGUGUGGCUCAGUGAAGUUCCCAAGGUGUACAGCAUGACCUUGCUGCUCCUGGGCGUGGUGCUGCUGGUGGCCCAGCCCCAGCUUGUGCCUUCUCACCCAGCUGUUCCCGGCCCAGAUUCCAGACAGCAGGAGCUUCUGAGAAAAGUGGGUACCCUCCAGGAAGACACCCGAGAAGGUGCAGCGGCCAAUGGUUCCACAAAGCAGUUACCACAGACCAUCAUCAUUGGGGUGCGCAAGGGUGGUACCCGAGCACUGCUGGAGAUGCUCAGCUUGCAUCCAGAUGUGGCGGCAGCUGAGAACGAAGUUCAUUUCUUUGACUGGGAGGAACAUUACAGCCAAGGCCUGGGAUGGUACCUUACCCAGAUGCCCUUCUCCUCCCCGAACCAGCUCACCGUGGAGAAGACACCUGCCUACUUCACUUCGCCCAAAGUGCCUGAGAGAAUUCACAGCAUGAACCCUGCUAUCCGCCUACUGCUCAUCCUGAGGGACCCUUCAGAGCGCGUGCUGUCUGACUACACCCAGGUGUUGUACAACCACCUUCAGAAGCACAAGCCCUACCCGCCUAUCGAGGACCUCCUGGUGCGGGACGGCCGGCUUAACAUGGACUACAAGGCUCUCAACCGCAGCCUGUACCACGCACACAUGCUGAACUGGCUACGUUUCUUCCCACUGGGCCACAUCCACAUCGUGGAUGGCGACCGACUCAUUAGAGACCCUUUCCCUGAGAUCCAGAAAGUCGAAAGGUUCCUGAAGCUGUCCCCGCAGAUCAAUGCUUCGAACUUCUAUUUUAACAAAACCAAGGGCUUCUACUGCCUGCGGGACAGCGGCAAGGAUCGCUGCUUACACGAAUCGAAAGGCCGGGCGCACCCCCAAGUGGAUCCCAAAUUACUAGAUAAACUGCACGAAUAUUUUCAUGAGCCAAAUAAGAAAUUCUUCGAGCUGGUGGGCAGAACAUUCGAUUGGCACUGAUUUGCCGUCAGUUAGGCCCGGGACUUUACCUGUUGUUAACUUCUGGUGUACAUCUGUGGGCAGGGGGGAAAGAAUUUUAAAAAGACAUUUAAGCUAUAAUUUAUUUGUAAAACCCACAAAUGACUUCUGUACAGUAUUAGAUUCACAGUUGCCAUAUAUAGUAGUUAUAUUUUUCUACUUGUUAAAUGGAGGGCGUUUUGUAUUGUUUUUCAUGGUUGUUAACAUUGUGUAUAUGUCUCUAUAAUAUGAAGGAACUUAACUAUUGCACUGAAAAAGAUUUUUCUGGAGACAUCUUUUUUUUUAAAUAUAAUUAACUUGCCUCCAAUUCAAAUAGCUCUCUGUUUGCACCCUCCUUGUCAAAUUUAUUUUCUUUUUCUGCUUAAAAAUUUUAUUGGUA